GUUGAAAAAAUGAAAUUAAAGUAUAAAGAGCGUCAAGUAGAGUUAAUAUCAAAGAAAUCUUCUAUUCUGAUAGUAAAACAGCAACUCAAAGCAGAUACAGAAAAGAAGGCAUUGCUGAAAAAAGCAAAUAUUGUAAAUGAGCUUAUUCAAUUGAAAUCACAAGUUUGGCUAACAGCAGAUGAAGCAAAAGAUAAAUCUUCAAAAAUUGAAAAUGAUACUUUAAGGUUAUUAGAGUUCAAUUAGAUUUUUAUCGUUAUGUAAUGGGGGGAAAAUGUUUGUUAAAGCUGUUUUAUAAAACUAAAGUUUCUGGAAAUAAACGUAUUGAUUUAAGUUCAGGUGAUUUAAUGGAGAACCUGUUGACUGUUAUUGGUAACUGCAAUUUGCCUCCACCAGAAAAAACAUCCAACACAUUAAAAGAAAAAAACCAACGCAAUGACUUGAUUAAGAAACAAAAAGAAAAGUUGUUUACAACGUUAAAAGAUUCUAGAAUGUCACAUCUUGCAAAACAAAAAAAAGUCCUGUUUCUGCCGGCUUUAUUAGAUGAUCCAUUUAGUUUAGUUGGUAAAGUUAUUCUUCAUAAAAUAAAAGAAGUUGAUGAAGAAGAGUAUUUUUGGUGCAAAGCAGAUGUUCUUAAAAUAGGUAAAGUUGGAAAAAAAAUCAAGCAAACAUUAUAUGAUGUUAUUUACGAAUCAGAACCUGGAAGCAUUUAUACAUUUCCACUGUUAUCUGACUUUGAUAAAAGAGAUAUGAUCUUGUUAUAAAAGAAACAUUUAAACACAAUGAAAUGCUUGUAAGAUUGUGGUGCAAUGCAAACAAGAAGAAAUGGUGGAUGAUGAUUUUAAAUACAUUUUUGUAUUUUUCUUAGUUUUGAUUUGUGUAUUUUUUGAUUACUGUGUUUUUUCCAGCAGUGAUUAUCCUUUAAGUAAAGAUUUUAUUGCCUUUGACCCAAUUGCCCCAAAUAGGGCAAACUAGCAUUGGGAUUACAUAUUUGUUAGGUUUUUAUAAAUGUAUAUGAAUUUGUUUACUCUUACAAUAUAAAAAAGCUCUCAUUCUUUAA